AUGAUUAAGAUUACUAAUUUUAAUGAUGCUGACACAGUCAAUGUUUCUCUGCCACAGAUCCAUGGUGAAAUCAUAGUGAGCGGUGAUAGUGAAAUAAGCGUGUGCAAUGAAAAUUUAUCCAUUGGAUCUGUAACUUGGCCGGUCAUCAAUGGUAAAUUUAAAGCAUUUGUGCAACUAAGUGAAGGUGAAAAUAGUAUCAGACUUGAGCAUAAAUCAUCAUUCAUUAUUUUGAAUCUGAUAUAUGUACCUUUAAAUUUCAGAAGAUUUAUUAGAUUAGUUUAUAUUAAAUGCAAAGAUGAUGAUGGGUCUUUCCAAGUCCCGGAGGCAGAAAAUAGUUCUCUUUCUAGUGCCUGUAAACGCAUUACAUUAGGUGCUCAGAUGCUGCAAACAUUUACUUGGGACAAAAUAAAAGAGCAUUGUUCCAACGGGAGAACUUUCUGUCUGGAAGAAACUGACGGCAAAGUAAUAUGUCAUGUAUUUAGCAGUAAAUUAACUGUCGAAGAGGCUCAUAAAUUAAGUGAACAAGAAUUAUGGUCACAUUUCGCUGUUGAACUUAUGAAUUCGAAUCUUAGAUUAGGAAAUAGAUGUAAAUUUUUAGCUUUCCUAUCAUUCACUAGGUAUUGUAAUUAUUCUAAUUUGUCUCCCAAGAACCAUAAAGAAGUUCUGAGACUGACUAAAGGUCAAGUAGCUUUAGGGGGUGGAGGUUUAGCCUUGUUUGGAUCAGGAUGUCUCCACACUUGGGCAGAAGAUGUAUCACAAAUUCCUUGGAGAUUUGGAGAUAAAAGGAAGAUAGACAGGAAAAAGUUAAUGGAUGAUAGUGCUAACCGUGGUUGGCACUGGGCUUGCUAUUCUACUGGUCUUGGUGCUACAUUACAUGAGCUUGGACAUACCUUUGAUUUAGGUCACACAAAAGGUGGCAUUAUGGGAAGAGGAUUCGAUGAUAUUUAUAAAUAUUUCAUAGUGGAUCUUUUCUACUAUGAUCAUGCAUAUCAGCAGAAGUACAAUCCUUAUUACCAGAAAUCUUCCAUCCACAAUCAAACAGUUCCCUUCACUUUGUCACCAUUGGCUUCGUGGAAGUCCAGUGCCGAAACUUCCCUUCAAUAUCUCCAAAGUCAAACAACAACUAAUGAACAAGUGCCUCGUGAAGUUUUUGAUGCCAGUUUAAAUGAAAAGCCUUGGAGUCUUCCAACUCUUCCAGAAGUAUGGUUUACUGAUGCCACUUAUGCAGUGAAUGUCGGUCAAGCUUACUGGGAGCGAUCGUCUGCCUUAAUACUUUAUUAUCACAAGUGGUUUAAUGACCAUGAAGACGAAUCUACUCCUUCUUUGACAAGGUACUAUACUUGA